AUGAUAUCCACCCAGGGCAUGUGGUACAGCGGCAACUUACAAUACUCCGCCAUGGAGGUUGUAGGAUAUACCAAACUCCAGACCACCGCCCCGCCCCAGGACAUGGCCACAGAGGUGGAAAGGUCUUUCCGGUCGCGACCAAUUGUAGUGUCAGGGCCCGUGACAUAUGGGAGAGGAGACCAUGACGCAUGCGAAAGCUAUUUGAAAUUCGGAAUUCAGGAUGGUGAUUUCACCAGGAAGAUCGAAGAAGUGAUCGGAAGGCCCGCUUUUCUUCUCCACCAAGGCCCGGUCGUCGUCCACUCGCCCAAUCUUCCAACCAACUGGGGAAUCAAUGCCGCCCACCCGGUCCGAAAUGGUGUCUCCGUCUUCCGAACCCUGUCGGGUGACCUCGAGGCCAGAGUGACAACCUUGAAGCUCUAUCCGAUCUCCCACCACUUGUCGAGUGCCGAAUUCGCGCAGGAAAGGGGAACACCGAGAACUUUCAACUUGCGAUCGAACGAGGUACUAUUCGUGCGAGGCGCACUCAAGAUGGAGAUUUCACUGCCUGCUGGGGGAUUUCUUGCGUGGCAAGGAUUUUCCGAGGAUCCGUGGGGGAUGGAUCCGUCAGCCCCUGAAGCUUUUGCUUUUAUGAAGAUCUAG